CCAUGUAUCGUUGGGAAGUACUUCACAACCUUCUUUCAGAAAGUCCAUGCUGUGGCAGGUUGGACGUAGACUUCUCGAUCUUCAGUUAAUGUGUCUUGCAAGCCUGAUAUUGUGUUGUUGCCUUCUAGUACCACCUACACGUUGCCAAGCACAGCCAUUACAGCAACAAGAAGAUAAUGCAUCAGGAGCAGGAGCUGUUGCAGAUCCUCAGGACACACUUUUGCCUGGUGCACCCAAGACAACAGGGCCAUUGGUGGACAGUGCACCUGCGAGGCCAUCAUUGUGCCAGGGUACAUUUGAAGGAUGUGCAACUCAACCGAUGCCUCGCCCAGACGCUGUUGCUGCCUGUUUCGGAUCGGCAAAGGUGGCAUGCCCGCCUAAUUCGUAUAUCAGCAAGGAUGGAGAUGUGGUUGUGCCGAUGGAGGAAACGUACGCAUUCUGUUUGCCGAGUUGUCAAAAGUUGUAUGCCUUGGAUAUCAAGGCAUGUGUGGAGAGACAAGCUGCAAACACCAAGUUCAAGGGCAGUGGGAUGACUCCUGUUCAGGUGUACGGGCGUAUUCAGCAGCAGUGUCGAAUAUAUGCUGCUGGUGGCAAUACGGGUUUCGUUGAUCCCAAUGGAGCGGUUUCAGUUCUGACGGCAUGGGAAUCAGCAAAUGCAACACUGGCCAGGCUGUUUGCUCUGACUCUUGUUAUCUUCGUGAUCAUCAUAUGGGACAAUCAGCAGCCUCCUUUCUGAUGGGUUGGCCUUGUGUGGCGUAAGGGUGUUAUGUCGAAAGUGUUAGAAGCAUGUCUCACGAGGUUUUGAAAUUUACGCC